AUGAAUGGACCAUUAGUUGACUAUUCUUCAGCUGAAGAAUCGGGAGAUUCAAAAGAGGAAAAUGAAGUCGGAAAAUUUAGCAGUGGAAAGCUUUGUAGAAGUCAAGAAGAGGAAGAAGAGAACAAAGAAUCAAGAAAAAAGAAACAAGUGGACCUUCCGCCAUUACCAAAUGAAUUCUUGGAGUUAUUUACAGGUCAAAAACGACAUACGGUAAACAAAAAAGAAAUCGAUACGACUAAAAAGCACGAGGAUCGAAUAAGAACUGUUUCGCAUGUCGAAGGAAAUUGGGCGACGCAUGUUUUCGUUGACGUGAAAAUCGAUAGAGAUUUUGAAAAUAUAAUACAAAAAAUUAAGAAUAAGGUACAGAAAAUUAUCGCUCAAGAAGGUCAUGAUUUUAAAAUUUAUUCUUGUUUUGAAAGAAAUGAGGAUAAAGGAAACAUCGAGGAGGAAACUCUUGAGUCAAAGUUACCGGAAGAAAAUGAAGUGGAUGCACUUGUUUCUUCUUCGAGCUAUCCUUCAUAUACUCUUCACGAAGCAAUAACUGAUGAUGAUGACACAAAAUUGCUACACAUAAGUCUAUCACGACCGAUUUUCUUAAAGUACCAUCAGAUCAAUAGCUUCUGGGGAAAAAUACGAAGCGCAGUUCAAGAUAGUAAAAGGUUUUCAUUGUCAUUCGCGAAAAUCGAGUACUUUGUCAACGAUGAAAAAACACGUUCGUUUUUGGCAUUGGAAGUCGGUAAAGGAUAUAAUGAGAUUCCACGUUUCCAUGCUAGCAUUCUCUGGUGGUCCCCAAGAAACACAACAGCAGCACUCUGCGAUUCAAUCGUUGCUGCUGCUGCGGCAAAUGAAGAUGAAAUACGCGAAGAAAUAUUUAUAAUAGAUGGGAUAAAUUGUAAAAUUGGAAAUAAAGAAUUCACACAAAUUUUAGUAUAA